AUGGUAGUAAGACAAUCAGGAGAACCUCGUAGAUCACAAUUAAAUGCAGUAAAAAUAUCCUCUCCAAAUAAAUCAUCACUUGUUGAAGAUUAUUACAAGACACUAUGCUUAUAUUCCAUAUCAAUUAAUAAAAAUACAUCAUAUAUGUUAGGUAUAGCUUUUGUAGUGGGGUGUUUAUUCCCACAGAUACUUAUUGCAGAUGGCUUAUCUUUAUGGAUUAAUGGACAGUUUUCAUUAUCACCUCUUCUUAUUAAAGGAGUUAUACAAACACUAGCUCUAUUAGCUUUUUCUAUAUGCAUGGGAUACUUUGUUCAAUAUUUACUCUGUAAACUUGACGAUACAACACUUUCUUCUUAUAUUUACGCUACAUUUAUUAGUACAGUUCAUAUACCUGUUUUUAUAAUUUUGGCCGGUUUCUUUAUUUCAUUGUCAAGUUUAAUUUAUCUUUUAUAUUCAUCCUUGACAAUGUAUAUAGCAAAUAAUAUUUUUUUAAGAGAUCAUCAGUUUCCUGACAGUAGAUCACAAUUCAUUUAUAGUUUUAUUACGCUAGUAUGCUUUGCAAUAUUCUUUGCAGGAAUUAUGGCAAACAUUUAA